GAAAGCGGCGCACACUGUCGCAAGGCAUCAAUGUUGUGACGGGUCAAAGGGAUCUAGCUAGGUACAUAAUCGUCGCCUUGAUCGUGUUGAAUUUAAAAGUAAAAGGUAGCUAGCUAUGCUUGCUAUUGAUCUCCGUUUGACAACUGCUACCGGUCCAACAUACAUCGGCUUGCAGUGAAAAGGAACCUCGAUCGUGUUCUGACUGCGCGUGUCACGAAACAAGUCAAGACUGUGAUUGUAGUGUCCAUCAAAGUGGACACCAUUUUAUCAAGGAUAGCUAGCUAGCUAGUCUAUUCCAAAUCGGCUAAAAACACUGGCCUUCGCGUUGUGAAUGGGUUUGCGAUAGCAAACUACUGCUACAGAGAGGGGAGCGUGUCAUCCAGUAAAAUGGAAACGGCAGAUGAAGCAGAUAUAUGUCGUGUGUGUCGUUCGGAGGGGACCCCAGACAAGCCCCUGUACCACCCCUGUGUAUGCACCGGCAGUAUCAAGUUCAUUCAUCAGGAAUGUUUGGUCCAGUGGCUGAAGCACAGCAGAAAGGAAUACUGUGAAUUAUGCAAGCACAGAUUUGCUUUCACACCAAUUUACUCCCCAGACAUGCCCCCCCGCCUGCCCAUCCAGGACAUCUGUGCUGGCCUGCUGACCAGUGUGGGCACGGCCAUACGAUACUGGUUUCACUACACACUGGUGGCCUUCGCAUGGCUGGGGGUGGUCCCCCUCACUGCAUGUCGAAUCUACAAGUGUCUGUUUACCGGCUCCGUGAGCUCGCUCCUGACGCUGCCAUUGGACAUGCUUUCCACAGAGAACCUGCUGGCGGACUGUCUACAGGGCUGUUUCGUGGUGACGUGUUCGCUGUGUGCUUUCAUCAGCCUGGUGUGGUUAAGAGAGCAGAUUGUCCAUGGUGGUCCCCCACUGUGGCUGGAGCACCACCAGCAGCCCCAGCCCAACGCAGCCGGACAACAGCCCAACGAGGCUGCAGGUGCAGGUCAGGGAGCAGCUGAUGACCCCCCUGCAGCCCCCCCUGCCCCCGCCGCCCCUCCAGCUCACAACGAGGCAGAACCAGAGCCCCCAGACGGCCUCCCAGAACAGGGGGAGGAGCCAGAACUAGACAAUGAGGAAGAGGGGGCGGCGGCUGAAGAUGCGGACGCCAACAAUGGAGCUCAAGAUGAUAUGAACUGGAAUGCUCUAGAAUGGGACAGAGCAGCAGAGGAGCUCACCUGGGAGAGGAUGCUUGGACUGGAUGGCUCCUUGGUGUUCUUAGAGCAUGUGUUCUGGGUUGUGUCUCUGAACACUCUCUUCAUCCUGGUGUUCGCGUUCUGUCCAUACCACAUUGGUCACUUCUCUGUCGUGGGACUUGGCUUUGAGGAAUAUGUUCAAGCUUCCCAUUUCGAGGGGCUGAUCACGACCAUCGUGGGGUACAUCCUGCUGGCCAUGACGCUCAUCCUCUGUCACGGGUUUGCGGCUCUGGUCAGGUUCCAGAGGUCCCGCCGUCUACUAGGGGUCUGCUAUAUUGUUGUCAAGGUCUCUUUGCUGGUCGUCGUGGAGAUAGGAGUUUUCCCCCUCAUCUGUGGCUGGUGGCUCGACAUCUGCUCUUUAGAGAUGUUUGAUGCGUCUCUAAAGGACAGAGAGCUGAGUUUUAAAUCUGCUCCAGGCACCACCAUGUUCCUCCACUGGCUGGUGGGAAUGGUCUACGUCUUCUACUUCGCAUCCUUCAUCCUCUUACUGAGAGAGGUGCUGAGGCCUGGGGUCCUGUGGUUUCUGAGAAACCUGAACGAUCCAGACUUCAACCCAGUCCAGGAGAUGAUCCACCUACCUAUCUACAGACACAUCCGCAGGUUCAUCCUGUCUGUGGUACGUACAUCUACAGACACAUCCGCAGGUUCAUCCUGUCUGUGGUACGCACAUCUACAGACACAUCCGCAGGUUCAUCCUGUCUGUGGUACGCACAUCUACAGACACAUCCGCAGGUUCAUCCUGUCUGUGGUGGUGUUUGGUUCUAUCGUCCUCCUGAUGCUGUGGAUGCCCAUCAGGAUGAUAAAGGUCUUCCUCCCUGCCUUCCUCCCCUACAACGUCCUCCUCUACAGGUACACUCCCUCCUCCCCUACAACGUCCUCCUCUACAGGUACACUCCCUCCUCCCCUACAACGUCCUCCUCUACAGGUACACUCCCUCCUCCCCUACAACGUCCUCCUCUACAGGUACACUCCCUCCUCCCCUACAACGUCCUCCUCUACAGGUACACUCCCUCCUCCCCUACAACGUCCUCCUCUACAGGUACACUCCUUCCUCCCCUACAACGUCCUCCUCUACAGGUACACUCCUUCCUCCCCUACAACGUCCUCCUCUACAGGUACACUCCCUCCUCCCCUACAACGUCCUCCUCUACAGGUACACUCCCUCCUCCCCUACAACGUCCUCCUCUACAGUGAUGCCCCAGUCAGUGAACUCUCUCUAGAGCUAUUGCUGCUGCAGGUGGUUCUGCCAGCUCUCCUAGAGCAGGGUCACACACGGCAGUGGCUCAAAGGUCUGGUCAGGACCUGGACUGUUAGUGCUGGAUACCUACUAGACCUCCACUCUUACCUGCUGGGUGAACAGGAAGACAAUGAGGCCAACCAGCCUGUCAACAACAACAACAAUCCUGCUCCCGGUCACCAUAACAACAACCCCGCCCAUGUUGUGGGGGAAGGGCUUCAUGCAGCCCAUCAGGCCAUAUUACAGCAGGGUGGACCUAUAGGCUUCCAACCCUACCAACGCCCUCUACGCUUCCCCUUUAGGAUCGUCUUGCUGAUAGGCUUUAUGUGUGUCACUCUGCUGGUGGCCAGCCUGGUGUGUCUGACGUUACCAGCCCAUCUGUGUACUGUAGUGUUUACGGGCCGUUGGCUGAUGUCGUUCUGGACGGGUAGCUCUAAGAUCCAUGAGCUGUAUACAGCAGCGUGUGGUCUGUACGUGUGCUGGCUGUCCAUCCGCGGUGCCACCGUGCUGUUGGCCUGGAUGCCCCAGGGACGCACCAUCAUCAUGAUCAAAGUCCAGGAGUGGACUCUCAUGAUUCUGAAGACUCUGGUAGUAGCAUUGCUGGUGGCAGGUGUUAUUCCUCUACUGCUGGGCCUGCUGUUUGAGCUGGUCAUCGUUGCUCCUCUACGCGUUCCUCUGGACCAGACACCUCUCUUCUACCCCUGGCAGGACUGGGCUCUGGGGGUGCUCCAUGCCAAAAUCAUCGCUGCCAUCACACUCAUGGGUCCCCAGUGGUGGUUAAAGUCUGUCAUAGAACAGGUGUAUGCUAACGGCAUCAGGAACAUCGACCUCCAUUUCAUUAUCCGUAAGCUGGCUGCCCCUGUCAUCUCAGUGCUGCUGCUGUCCCUGUGUGUCCCCUACGUCAUAGCAGCCGGGGUCGUACCUACCGUAGGUGUGACUCCCGAGAUGCAGAUUCUGAUACAGAGGAGGAUCUAUCCGUUCCUCCUGAUGGUGGUGUCCAUCAUCGGCAUCCUCUCCUUCCAGAUACGACAGUUCAAACGCCUUUACGAACACAUCAAGAACGACAAGUACCUGGUUGGCCAGCGGCUUGUCAACUAUGAACGCAAGGCGAGGGGAGCCAGCUCUGUCCCGCCCCCUAACCCUAUCCCAGAGUAGUCAUGUUUGUGUGAGGUCAAGGCUUUUUGAAAUGACCCUUCUCGUGUUCUCCCUCCCUCUCUCGUUCUCUGUGGUGUUCAUGCCUUGCUUUGGUUAAUUGCAACCUGAGAACUGUACAUGUGUAAAUACUUUGGACGCACUCUGUUGUCUGAAAUGUAAAAGACUUGAAUUAAUGCAGUGACCAUUGUACAUCUUAGUGUAUUUAUGAAAUCAAACUGACAAUUUGCCUCCUGUUUGUGUCCUGUUGAUUGUCAUGUUAUAAAAUUGUACAUUAAAAAAAAACGUUUUUACAUAAUGGA